AUGUCCAGCGAGGUCAAGGAGCUGCUGGCGCGACACCAGCGCAGGUUUGCCGUGUACGAGGAGUUUCUUCGGACCGACAGCAAGACGCCGCCGCCGAGGUCGCCGAGCCCACAGCAGCAACAGCAGCGCCGGACAGCCCCAAGCGAAACCGUGCUGGCCACGCACAAUGUCGGUGGGGGUGAUUUCGAUUAUAUCCGUGGCUCGAGCGCUGGCGACCACGACGUGGAACGCGUAGAGAGAUCGCGUGACAGCGGCGGGCAUGCGGGGUCAGCUGCGCGCGCCCCCAAGAUAACGAUGUCAUCCGCGACAUCGGUAGCGGAUGUGGCUCGGGCCAUCGCAGCGCAUGGAAGCCCGGUGGGGCCCACCCGCUCGUAUGCGAGCGUCCCAGUCGGUACGCCGCCGUCGUGGCAGCGGCGCUCCACCUCGCGGUCGCUGUGCCAUGCGCAUACCACUGCGGCGGCAACGUCGGCAGCUCGUCAGCGCACUUUUGCUGGCGAGCACGAUGACAUCGACUACCUUAUCGGUGAGCGGCUGCGCUCGGCGGGGCGGUACCGGUUAGCGUCGACGCCGGACGCCACAUACAUCAAGUCACAGGCGUGGGCACUGCGGCGCGAUCAGGUAAAAGAAGCCAUGCGCCGCGAGCAGGAAGAUGCGAAGCUCAUGGAGUGUACCUUUCGGCCACAGCUUGGACCCGCGGCGAUGGAGAGCACCCGUGAUGCGGAAGCCGUAUCGAACGGUAGUGGCGGCCACAGUCCCGACGUCAGGGCGGCGGAGGUCUCCGUGACGAAGGGCCCUGGCGUUUCGCAGCACCUUGCACGUCUGGAGGAGGCGCGCCGGCACCGCCGGGAGGCAGAGGCGCGCCUUAACAGCAGUAACACACAUCACUGGACAAGUCGGCUGACGGUGCCACACGAGUUUCAACUAGGGCUCCGAGUUGGCGAGUCGAUCCCGUCACUGCGCAAGCCCUACAUGCCGAUCACCAGCCUUGGCAGUCGUCGCCGUACUGCCACCUCGCUGCAGAGAGAUGAAGCAGAAGAGGUCGUGAAGCGCGCGUCAGCUGCGCAGAGGCAACGGUCCUUCUCAUCAGCGUCUCCCUCCCAUCUUGGGGACCGUUGCGGCAGCUGCGUGCGGUCGUUGUUGCCUACCACGACGGAUGCGGCGAAGCGCCCGGUGAACGGCGAGCAGAAGUGGCCGCGACGGCAAGAGGGGGUACCGCGGACGAGGAAGCGAUUCUUUUCCUCGAGGACGAUAAUACCGGAUGUGGCACACGGCGAGGCAUCUGCCGUGGAGCCGCAGCACUCAUGCCUCGACGCGGGCGCACGAGACAUGGUGUGCCGUCUAACGGACCAGCUGACGCACAAGGAUGCGGUCAUCCAAGAGCAAGUAGAAAACCUGGAACGGCUGCACUGCGAGCUGGAUGCGGCGAUGGAGACACUGCACCAGAUAGCAUCUCUUGGAACUCCAUGCUGA